GAAAUGUAGAUAUUUUCCGGAAAGAGAUCAAGUUGCAAAUAUUAUUGUGAUAUAUAAAAGGAACGUGCAGGUCUGCAUGAAAUGACCACGUCGCACGUUCUAUCCAUUAACCAUUCAACAUGAACCUUAUAAUCAAAUCAUUAACGUAAUAUAAUUGAUACAAAUAUGUUUGUUGAUAAAAAGACAUUAAAAUACACAAUUCAUUUUUGGAAAUAUAAUCUUCAUAUGUUUUAGUUUAUAGAUUGUCCUUAUGUUUUUGUCCAUUCCUUAUAUAUAGAGGACAAGAAGCUCCCGUGACUAAGUGAGUGACCAUCGGUGAAUUGAAAAAGAAAAAAAAGAAAAAGAUGGAGGUGGGAAUGAGGAAGCUCUCGUGGGCGUUGGCUCUUGUAUUCCUUACACUGAUUUCGGCAUCAAUGGCAACCUCGGAAUCAGAGGUCCCUUUCAUGGUUGUCCACAAGAAGGCGUCUCUAUCAAGCAUCAAAUCAGGAGUCCAACGCGUCUUCGUCACCGUUGACAUUUACAAUCAAGGAUCCUCAUCAGCAUAUGAUGUAAAUCUGGUAGAUGAUACCUGGAAUUCAAAUCUAUUUGAGAUUGUUAGAGGCAACACUUCAAAGUCAUGGGAAAAACUUGACGUUGGUCAGGUUCUGUCACAUUCAUUUGAGUUGAAGAGUAAGACAAAGGGUCUCUUCUAUGGUUCACCAGCUGUUGUUAGUUUCCGUGUCCCUUCUAAAGGUGUCCUUCAGGCUUAUUCAACUCCAAUAAUGCCUCUAGAUGUACUUGCUGAGACCAUCCCUGAAAAGAAGCUUGAUUUGGCAAAGAGAUUGGUGGGUAGAUUUGGACCUCAAAUCUCAGUGAUUUCGAUUAUUGUGACAUUUGUGUAUUUGAUGGUAACUCCAUCUAAGGGAAGCAAGAAGAAGCGUUGAGAUUAAACUUUUUGAUCUCGCCAUUUUUUUCACAUUUUCAUGUUAGCAAAAAGAUCUCUCUUUUUUGGAACCUUUAUCAUUUGUAGUUGACUUUUUUUUUAACUAUUGUGUUUUUCGAAUCAGACCAAUAGCACAACCCUUUACCAAAAAGAAAGUCAGACCAA